GUGCAAUAAACCGUUCGACAAGGGUGAGAUGAUUUCCGAAGUGGUAAAUACCAAGCACUGACAUAGUCCUGCGAGAAGAAUCCACGCUGAAGAGACAUGGCUAUUACUGCCGGUCACGGAAAGCUGGCAAAACGAUUCGGUCUCGCUCUUGCAUUUCUUGCGCCAGAGGAAAGGCGCGUUGCGAUAACGGACGGCCUGAGUGCUCCAGAUGCGUGGCCAAGGCUACAAAAUGCAGUUAUCCAGCCGACACGCCAAAAGGAAUAGGACCAGGGGUUGAGCAUAGUGAAGAUGCAUUGACUGAACAGCCGAGAUUGGCAUUGAAUUCGCCUGGUAUUGAAACUCGUCUACACGAAAGCAACGAUGGGGAUCUCAUUGAUAAUGCCCUUUUCGAGUCUGGCACCGAGUUUGCCGCUCUCGGAGCAGAACAUCUGGACUGGGGUAACCCAGAAAUCGAUUUUACCAACCUUAUGAAUGCGCAGGCAAGUGAUGGGACUGUUGUUGAAUACCCCGAAUCGUCAUCUUCAAUUCCCAAUCAAACAAUUCAAGGAUAUCAAACCUCGUCGUUAUAUGUAUCAAUACCACCACAACCAACCUCUGCUCUUCGAUCACUCAACCAACGACCAAAAAUCAAGACUGGAACUCAGCAAAUCGCCAAACUGAUACUCCACACUCUGAAAUCGUAUCCCCUGAUGAUGCUGCGAGACGACUCCCUUCCACCUUACAUCCACCCAAACUUGAUAUCUUCCAAUACAGAGAAUAACCAGAUGGAACCACUGACUAAUUGCAUUAGUCUGGUGCAUAUGAUCAGCAGCAAGGCCCAAGGGAGUCGAAAGUUGUUCUGGAGAAAUGUGCGGGUGGAGUGUGAACGCUUGUAUCAAGAGUAUUUGAAGUGGAGUAAAUGGGAACUGCUUGCUGCUAUGCAGGCCCUUUCUAUUUACAUUAUCGUUCGGUUGGACGAAGGCGAGACGGACUAUAAUAAUUUCGAUUCUUUAUUAAUAAGAGCGGUGAUUUUGAUAGCUCAAAAAUUCUCCGCCGUCGAAUUUGCAUGCCACACACAGUCUGCGCUGACCAACUACGAUAUCGAAGUAGGGUGGAAAGACUGGAUAUUUGAAGAAUCAAGACGGAGACUAGCCGUGGUCCUUCGAAUCGUGAAUAUGUUGGUCUAUUUCGAGCCCGCGGCAUUAUGCGAGCUGCGAACGGACCUGAUUAUAGCGCCACUGCCGGCGAAGAAACAGCUCUGGGAAGCAGGAAACGAGGUUCUAUGGAAGGCUGAAAGUCAGAAGGAGCCUGCAGAUUUUCAAAUGGUCUUUGGGUUGGAUGUCAAUGGGGACCUGGUCAGGAUGGAUGAGCGGCAGCUGUCUUGUAGUCAUAGGAUGCUUCCCCCGAAACCGUCCGAUCUGGCGAGAAAAACGACGAACUGGGAGGAGUGGUGCUCGGGGAUGGAUGGGUUUGGUGGACUUGUUAUGCUGGCUUCUUCUAUGGCUUUGUUAGUGUAGCGUGUAUGCAGAGACUUGGAUGUACUUGAUUGCUUCAGCAUCAGAGUAUUAGGCUGGUAAUAAAUACAGCGGAUUCUACCAUCAUUUUAAUGCUGUCAGCGAUUAUAGUGAUC